CAUCAACAACAAAAUCUCUAAUAUCAAAUCAUAACAAAACCCAUUCUCACUUUUCAAUACAAGUUUUUGUGUGCAAAAUGGCCAAUGUUUUCCUACACAAUGCUAACACCUGGAAGACUACACUUUGUCUCUUGCUCUUAACCACAACUUUUUUGAUUGCCAACUCUGCAAGAAACCUAGAUGAAGUUGAGUCCCAACCUCAAGCUAUAGGCAACCUACCAGGACCUGGAGCUGGAGCUGCCAUUCCUUCUGGCACAACAAUACCUAAAAUCAACCCUAUUACCGCUUCGCCGAUUGUCCAAACACCUGCAGCCACCACCACCAAUACGGUUACACCGGUUUCCGGUGGAGAAGAUACCAAUGUAGACCCUUUAGUCUCAGAAAAUGAAGCACCGGCUGAGGACAUUCCCCCAGUGGGAAGUCCUGCCACAGACGAAACACCAGAAGAACUUCCACAACCCGAAGCUGAAGUGCCACUUCCACCACCAGAAGUGCCACUUCCAGCUGUUUCUAAUGUAACACCAGUUUCUGCUAAGCCGGUGGGGAAAGAGCCGUCGUUGUCUUUCUUCAUGCAUGAUAUCCUUGGUGGAUCACAUCCAUCAGCAAGAGUUGUGGCGGGAAUUGUAGCAAACACUGAUGUAACCGGCUUACCGUUCUCCAAGCUCAACAACAAUCUCUUCCCAAUCACCGGAGGAAUUCCAUUAGUUAACCCGAAACUCAAUGGCAUUGUCACAAACAACAAUCUACCAAACCUUGUGGGACUCAGUGCUGCUCAAUCCUCCACUGUAUUCAAAAACAGUGGCACCAGUAACACCGUUUCUGGAGGCAACAACCAGCCUUUUGUUUCGGCAGGGAAUCUUCCUGGUGGAUUUACAAUUCAGAAGCUUAUGUUUGGUUCUGUGACAGUCAUUGAUGAUCAGUUAACAGAAGAGCAUGAGCUAGAUUCUUCUGUGAUAGGAAGAGCACAAGGGUUUUACUUAGCAAGCUCAUUGGAUGGUACUAGUAAAACCAUCGUGCUUACUGUUUUGGUGCACGGUGGCGAGCAUCAUGAUGGAGUUGAUGACACUAUAAGUCUGUUUGGAAUUCAUAGGACGGCAUCGCCAGAAUCUGAGAUAGCAGUGAUUGGUGGAACUGGGAAGUAUGAGAAUGCUAGAGGAUAUGCUUCACUUGAGACACUUCUGAAGGAGGAUGAACACACCACUGACGGAGCUGACACCAUCCUGCAUUUCAGUAUCUACCUCACUGAGUAGUGACUACCUGUGAUUGGCAUUCACAUUUGAUGUUUGAUUUGUGUUUGAUGGUUAAAACUUAAAAUUUGUAUUGCUCAAGUUAAUGUUUGAUUAAUGUAACAAACAACACUGUUUAUGCCUUUUUUUCAUUUUACAUUCUGCUUUUUUUCUCAUUGCUGCUACAUGCUGUGAGAACAUUCUCUUGUAAUACAAUAUUGCACAAUCCACAUUCCACAUAGCUUGUGAAAUUGUUAUCUAAAUUUUGAUUCAUAAUCAUUUACUUUUUCUUGG